UAUCUCUCUAUAUAUAUAUCCCACCUAAUUCAAUUGAUCAUCAUAAAUCAUAAUCAUAUAUCAUUUGAUUUCUCCGGCGAGUUGAACAUGUUCCGUAAAAGUAAUUCCGACCAUGAACCCAAGUUUCACGGCAAGCUCCUUUCAAAGAAUGAUAUAUUAACAACCGCACCUUCUUUCCGAAUCUACUACGGCGGAGUUUCGGGCUCGGUUCCAUUCUUAUGGGAAUCAGAGCCCGGAACUCCAAAACACUCCGCCACUUCUCUUCCACUACCACCUCUAACUCCUCCACCAUCUUAUUACUACCAAAACUCAACCGGUUCUAAGAAACAUGGUUUCACAAGAUACAAUCUUUUGCGUAAUUUAUGGUCUAAGAUUAGUUUUGUUAAGGAACAUAAAUCAUCUCCGGUUGUUGACUAUUCAUCAUCGAUAUCUUCUAGCUCUUCGUCGGCCGGUUCGUAUGCAUCUGCUCCGACUACACCUUCAAGCUUCAUCAAAGGGAGGAGGAGGAAUUGGGUAUCUUUUGAUCAUCAACAUCAACAUAAUCAUCAUGAUGUUUUGAGUAAAGAUGGGGAAAUUAAUAUUAAUGGUUGGAGUAAAAACCAAACUUGUUUUGGGUUUGCUAAAAGUGGGAAUAACAAUGCUUAUGCCGUAGUCGUGCCGGAGAAAUCUGGGUGAAAGGUAUUUUUUUUUUAAAAAAUUUCAAAUCUUGGAACAACUAAUUCAUUAUAGUGUUCUUUCUCUC